AAGAGCAGUAGCUUCUAUACCAUCCACCCCCAAAAGGACAUACAGAACAGACGAACAUAUAUACUACACUACCAUCCUACCCAUUUCCACGCAUACACAGGCAGAACAUACAUAAACACUCUUCCAGGAAGCGCAUAGAGGGAGCCACCAUCGAUAAAAAGCGGUCAAAAUGACGAAGGACAGAUUAGCAGCCUUGCAAGCGGCUCAGAGCGACGAUGAAGACAUGCCAGAAGAUGUUGCUGUUCCAGUGGAGGGAAGCUUCAUGGAAGAUUUCUUCAAAGAGGUGGAGGAGAUACGGAUGAUGAUCGACAAAAUACAAGCUAAUGUUGAGGAAGUGAAGAAAAAACAUAGUGCCAUCCUAUCGGCUCCGCAGUCAGAUGAAAAAACUAAACAGGAACUCGAAGACCUCAUGGCCGACAUUAAAAAAACUGCCAACAGAGUUAGAGGGAAGCUUAAGGGUAUAGAACAAAACAUUGAACAAGAAGAACAACAAAGCAAGUCGAAUGCAGAUCUGAGGAUACGGAAAACGCAACAUUCGGCUUUAUCGCGCAAGUUUGUUGAGGUCAUGACGGAGUACAACCGGACACAAACAGACUAUCGAGAACGUUGCAAAGGAAGAAUACAACGACAGUUGGAAAUUACGGGUAGAGCAACGACGAAUGAGGAGUUGGAGGAAAUGUUAGAACAAGGAAACUCGGCCGUCUUCACACAGGGGAUUAUCAUGGAAACCCAGCAAGCCAAACAAACACUGGCAGAUAUCGAAGCUCGGCAUGCGGAUAUUAUUAAAUUGGAAAAUUCGAUUAGGGAACUGCAUGAUAUGUUUAUGGAUAUGGCAAUGUUGGUCGAAAGUCAGGGUGAAUUGGUUGACCGAAUUGAGUAUCAAGUGGAAAACAGUCGGGAUUAUGUCACAUCGGGACAACAAGACUUGGUCCAAGCUGUCAAAUAUAUGGCCAAAGCCAGAAAGAAAAAAAUCAUGAUUGCUGUAUGCCUAUCCAUUACGGUCAUCAUUUUAAUCCUAAUUUUUGUUGUUUAGGGAAUAUAAAUGUACGAGGAAAUAAAAAAAGAUCAAUCGUUUAUUUAUGUUUGCGGGCCCAGUGUUCCAAAGUUAUCGUAAAUGUACGUUUCACAAAUAAUUUUCAAAGUUGCAUAUAACUUUGUUCUUCCGAAUUAGAAAUAAUAAGUUACUGUAACUGUAACUGUAAUUACUGUAACAUACUAAUUUUUCACUCACAGAAGAUAUACAUGUCUCCACUAUGCAAUCAAUUUUAAACUCCUUUGAUGUUGCAAUAAGCUGUUAAAUGUUUUAAUCUAAAAACAUAUUAGCGUACAAGGCUAAAUUAUUAAAUUUUAAAAAAGGACGUGCAGUAAUUUUGUUUAGUAUUGGUUUAUAGCAGUUUCAUCUAUGCCCGCAGUAGAUCUUUUGCUAAAUUUGUUGUUUUAUAUUGUUAUUUAUGGAAAAAUGUAAAAUAUACACAAAUGUGACUUGUGUGUAAAACUAUUACUAAAUCAUAUGAUAAAAAUGAUAGAAGCGACUAAAGAUAAAUUUAUUUGGACGGCAUAAUAUAGUGCAUUUAAUUUAUUAUACAAACACAUACUGUAUAAUAUGAUCGAAAUUAUAUUUGAUGUGCAAAAACAUAUUUUGGCUUGUUGAUGGAUAGUCAUUACAAAGUACAAAAUAUAUUUGUGCGCUUGUUAUUGUUUAA